UGUACACUAGCUGCUCUGUCCAAGCCAAGCGCCUAUAAAAGAGGAGAGCCAGAUCAGGCUCACAGCCCACAAGGGUCCCUUGAAAGCUAAGAGCAUUGAGCUUAAAAAAGAAGAAGAAGGAAGAAGCUAAGAGCCUAAGACCCACGAAGUACACUACAAAGCUGUGCAAAAUGGCUCCAGCGACUGUCGUGCUCACGAUGCUUCUGCUGGUCGCUCUUGUCUUUGCAGGUCACGUGAAAAGCGAGCAUCUGGGCCUGGGCGGAAGCGAAGAGCAGGAACUGCCUCCUCCCCCCGUCGCCGGCGGCGCGUUCCCCAAUAGCCAAUGCGCCGAGACGCGUCUCUACAGGGGGCCGUGCGUGGAGAUGCUCUGCGCGGCCGCUUGCCUGGUGCAGAUGCGCCAUGGCGGACACUGCAGCGGAAACCUCAUCAAGGGCCACUGCUACUGCUUCUCGUGCUCCUAGUUCUAAUAAAUCGUCCAAUGAAACGUUUGCUCGUGCCGCGAAUACGUACAGCGUUGAUGGAAUGGAAAUAAGAAUAACCAUAGACCUUUGUAGCUCUUCUUGCAUUGCUCUUGAACAUGACCUUGUAGCUCGAUCGCGUCCGCACGCGGACGUCGUGCCGUUGCCGAAGCCCACGACGAACAACGGGUUGUUGAUCCCCGCGCGCGGCGCCGCCGGCCGGGGAGCGUCGUCGUCGUGUGCAGCCGGCGAACGUAGGCACGAACGUCCUCACCUGCGCUGCGGUGUAGUUCAGGGUGCAGAGGAAGUCGACGUACACGUAGUCCGCGCGCGCGCGAUGUCCCGGCCGUGGCUGUCGAGCGUUGCCGCCGUCGUCAUGAGCGCCGGCAGGAUCAUGGCCGGCGUCCAGUGGGGAUACCUGUGCCGCAGGCCACAGCAGCUAGCGCCGCGACGUGCGGGUGCCACGCCAGGGAGGUGGACGGACAUGACGUUGAACCUUGCCCGUCUCGUGUCGCCCUUGCUGUGUGUCAGCGGCGACUCGCGAGAAUGUUCGCGCCGCCUGGCGCCACCACGUCGGGUUUCAGGAUCUCGCGGACGAUGGGGUUGGGGAGGGCCCGCGUGACGAGAAGGACGCCACCAUCGGGGCGCGGUUCUCGCCGGUGAGGCGGUGACCGUGCGUCAGGUGUAGCGGAUCGAUCGAUGCCGUUCUCAUAAAUCCAACAACAUAUGACGGUGGUGGAAAAGCAGUGGCAUGGAAGGCCACGAUCGGAAUAUACGGAUUCUGCGAUGAACUCUUCUACUAGGUGCGUUUGUAAGACUGGACGAUCGGAGCAUUCGGAUUCUACGUGGAACUCUUCUAGGUGCGCUUUUAGAUCUGUGAGAUUGGACACGUGGCAACUAUUCAUAGCAUGGAGACACAUUUCACCUAAUUUUUUUUUUUCCAGUCUGGGGAGCUAGGGAGACUAGCUCGUGGAGUCGCAGACGAUGUGGUCUCGGGUCUAAGGAUUAGAAGGUUUAUUGGAGGCCUGCAACUAGUAAUACAGCACA